AUGCGGGUAUCUCUCCUCGGGUCGGUUGCCUCAACAGGAAUUACGGUUGAUAAAUCUCAAAAUGGCCAGCAAGUUGCAACCUUUAAUCUACUAACCAGAGCCAGGUACCGCUCGGCCGAUCGGUAUAUGAUGAAACUGGUGUACCACAGAAUCCACGUAUUCGACAAGCCGCUGAUUGAACGUAUAAAGAACAUAGCACAGGGCGAUAGGGUCUUUGUCCUGGGCUGCUUGACUUCCUUCAAGAAGAGUUCCAACGACUGGAUGCAGUGCAUCACAGCGCAGAAUGUCAUUCUACACGCUGACGCCGGCAAACCGCCGCAGCAGUUGGAGGAGGAAGAGGCUGACGGUGACGGGAAUGAGGAUGCAGAAGAGAGCAUUUAG